AUGGAGUACGAGAAUGGAGAGCGGUGCGAUGGGGAGAGCCCUUGAGGCGGUUGACGUCAUAGGCAAGCGCAUUGAUUUGCUCUUGCAGCGGUCCAAGCGUACUGAGUUGCGCUUGUAUGGCCACAAGGACGGCGUGGAUGUCCAUGGUGUCCGCUUGGGCCUGACCCUGAGUCGCCGGCAGGUGGACGGCGCCGCGGCGAUCUCAUUAGAUGUACUCCAUUCCGUGGCCGAAAGGGGGAGGGAGGGAGGCCUCAGAGAGGUGUGUGGGGAAAGGGGGCCAUCGGUAAGAGGAGGGGGACCGCGGGAGCGAAGAACUUCAGCUCAAAACAUCACAGUUCUUACUGGCGUACAGUACAGCGGUCCCGUAGUGGACAAGCGGGCGACCACUCUGUCGUCCGAGUACGACGAGAAAGGGGACAUCACCUCUUGGAUUAGCUCCAUGUGCUCAUACUUCGAGGUGAUGCGGACAUCACCGGAAGACCGAAGCAUGAUCAUGGGUACUAAUACCGAGCCCGCCGUACGAAAUUUCAUUGAACUCCAAGCUGUUACAGCAGGUUAUGAGAGAAUUGACCUGAAUGAGUGGCUGAAAGUAACUCCUGUACGCACUCUUGAGGACCUCAUCACACGGUACCAAGAUAAGCACGCUGCGCUCAAGGCAAGGCUGAAGCUUGAGGCCCUCAAGGGCCAAACAUGGAGGACCUCCAUGCAGGCUUUGGAACAGCACUUGACUGGUUUGUUCACCACUCGAGACCUGGGAAUGACCGGCGUGUCUUGCAUGGAUGUAGUCAUGGGAGUGGCCCCUAAAGAAUACCUCUCCCUGCUAGGACUCAAAGACCAUACCACUUGGCGAGAGCUAUUGAUGGAUCUAGUCAACCUAGAGGCCAAGGACCUCGCCAGGCGUAAAAAGGCACCCGCUGGAGGUGGAAAAUCACAACGCAAGCAGUAUGGAAGCAGCAACCAGCUUGCCCUGCAUGAAAAUCGGGAGGCUGAAGAUCAGUCCUACGCGGAUGAUCUGUCUCUAGAUGACGAUCUUGAGCCGAACUCCGAUAUGGGUUGUUCUACAUCAGCCAUUGAGUCUGAUGUGAAUGAAGAUGAAAAACUUAAUGCUUUCAAAAAGACUGCUUCAAGCAAGGGGCCUAACCGUGGUUCGGGUAGGGGAACUAUUGCACACCUCCCCAAGAAUGCGAAAAUCCCUGAGAAGCCGGAGGACCCUUCUACCAAGCCUUGGAAAGCCCUCCGACUGUUAUCGUCUGCAGGGAAACAAGCAAAGGGCGUAGAAGAGUCGCCAACACUCUCUACAACAAGGGAAGCUGAACCAUCAGUUGCAGGUCACUCCAAUGAGCCUGAAGCUGAUCAACAACCUACUCUUGAAGCCCGGAACGACGUUGAAUCCAAGGCUGCUGCAGUCCAAGUACUGUACAGUGAGCCUUGGGAGGAAUCUAAGGAAGUUGACUUCCACACUCACUUGGAACAUUGGCUGCAGCUCAAGCAGCAACGCCGUGUUCAAGGGAGUGUGGAGCUAACCUUCCUUAAGCUGCUCAUUAACCGUCGAUACAUCCGUGUGCUGAUUGAUAGUGGCUCAACAACCAAUUUCUUUUCUCCUAACGGGAUUCGUAAGGCGGGUCUGGGAAUGAAGCAAGUGGAGUUGCAGAACCCUUGUCAGACCCAGGUGGGCAACCAAGAGGUUGUCACCUCAACACAUGCUGUCAAAGGUGUGCGCGUCACUUUUGACAAAGAUCGCACUGUCACACAUGAGCUGAACUUUUAUGUCAUGGACAAGUGUCCGUUCGACGCGGUCAUUGGUUUGGGCUGGUUAAAGGCUCAUUGCCUAAGGAUCACGUGGGCGGAUAAUCAGUUCGUGGGCGAGUUGGAGGAGUUGAGGAGACAAAUUGAUGACAUGAUCGAUCGUGGAUGGAUUAGGCCUAGUGAGCUUGUCAUCGAAGAAUUUCAUCAACAGUAUAUUCUGCAGUUUGGCCACCCGAAAACUAUUGUGAGUGAUCGGGACACCAGAUUCAUUAGCAAAGAUUGGAAGGACUUCACUUUUCAGAUCUACGACAUUAAACUCAACAAGACUUCUGGUCGACACCCCGAAGCCAAUGGAUUGGCUGAGGAAAUCAACCAGACUGUCAUCCAACUACUUCGCGCGUUAAUUGUUCCAGAUCAGAACACAUGGGACAAGGAGUUACACAAAGUGAAGGGGUUGUACAACAACUCCAUUCACUCUGCAACGGGUGUGACACCGAAUCAACUGCAAUACGGAUGGCAGUUGCGCAAUCCUCUCUCCUAUCUGUUCCCAGAACGGUCACCUGGUCUGACACCCGACAUGCCUGGCUACAAUGCCAAGUAUGCACGCUUGCUCAAAGUUGCUAUCGCAGCAAUGAACAAGCGUAAGCAUGCCAUGAUCAAACAUGCUAACAAGUCGCGCAAAGAAGGGACCUUCGAAGUACGAAGCUAUGUCUGGGUUAAAAUGUCUGAAUUUUUUGACGAAGAGGGCGUAUCAAGAAAGCUUCUUCCAUUGUAUUAUGGCCCUUGGCAGGUUCUGAACCUGUUUCCACACAUCGAUGAUGAGACUUUUCCCUUCCGAGAUCCUAUGAUACCUCGUCCUAUCGAUGGCGGUCAUGAGAUAGACAAAAUUGUUUCACAUGAAGGAAGAGGGAGGAACAGACAAUACAAGGUUCACUUCCUCUACCACCCGUUGACCGAAUUCUUCUGGAUCGACCGAAAAGAGCUGCUAAAGAACGCUCCCCGUGUUGUGAACGCUUAUGAACGACAGAUCGCUGAUGGACAGACUGCUAAGUUCUCUGCAAGACUCACUCCUCACGGACUUACUAAAUCCCUCUUUCUGAUCUACGCUUACUCGCUCGAAGGGACCUCGCUCUUGAGAGGGGGGUAGUGUAAUGACCCGCCAAAACACAGACAAAGAACACUGCUGAUUUCUGGGAUUUGCCGCUGGAAUGAAUGCCUUGCUGAGAU